UGAAACAUGGCCACUCCCGCUUCCCCGCGCGACCAUGACACACAAGCACACACAGAGCAGACACUCUCCAACGACGGCAGCAAAAGAGAAAAAGGCGGAGCCUGCUGCUGCUGCUGCUGCUGCAACUAGAAACAAGAAGCUCUCCCUGCAGGUAUUUCUACCACCACCUCUCGCUGUGAGUCCGAGUACCUCUCGUUUGUCUGCGAAACAGGGAGGCUCAAAACGAAAUAAAAAGCUGGAAAAUGCAUCUUAGUUUUGUUUAUUAGGCAAGGUCGGUUCCUGGCCUGUCGAAUCACUGUCUCAGAGGGUUAUCUAGACCUUUGGCUCCGCCACACCCCAAGCUACGGCUCAGCCGCCGGCGAUAGAGCGCUAUGCGACACCUCGCGUCUAGUCUAAUCACUCAUCUCCAGAGCGGCGUUGCCUAGCUGUCGUGCCGUCGUGGAAAAGCGUCUCGCCCACAACCACAGACAUUCCGAGGCCCAUGAUGUGUGUGUACAGAACAGUCGUGCACUAAAAAUCAACGCCGAACGUAGGCAUCAGUCGUAACGACUACAAAGCGAGUUAUAGUCAUGCGCCCUCCACGCUUGGGGGCCAAAGAGUGCGAAUGUCACACCUUGGAAACUCCCUCCACCAACACGGACGUGAGCAUCCCACUCGUCUCGUACAACAGCAGCGGCUGGCCGCACGCGACGGGAGGCAGUCACGAUCAGAUCAUGGUU